AAAGCACACCGGUUGAUAUGGGGUCAAUUGAGGUCACUGGAAUGGCCACUGGCGGGGGGCAUCGAGUCACCGUCUUUUCCUAUACUCCAUCGCUAUGUGCAUGAGCAUAAUCGUUCCUUUUCCUAGGUGCGAGUGACGCUUUCCACGCGAUGGGGUAAUCAGGUUACCGGACGAGGUUGCUUCUAGCGGCAAAUUAUUGUCCUAUGCACUGUUCUCAUAUCCCAUCGGUGUCGUAUUUUCUGUUUUUGAACGUUCCGGCGUCUAGUCGCCUACAUAAUAUGCAGAUCUCUAGGCUGGCUGGAAAUUAUGCAUUCUUUUUCAAAAAUGGAACUUGGAGACGUGGUAUAGUUGCCCCGGGACUAGGUGCCAAAGGACAAUACAUCCGCACCAACGUCAUUUGCGAGUCCGGAAGCCGUGAAGAUCGCCUCCAGUCAGGUUCACUGCUCCAAACAGUCGAAGCCGAAGAGAAUGAGCAUUAUUCUAUUCUUCUGCCCAAAGCGUUUUCUCCGAACUACAAGGUUAUCCCUUUUCCAUCGAACAAAGCAUCGGUUGGGAUAGUCCGUGCAAUUCAUGGACACUUAUCCUGUACAACAAGGUACUUCUCGGAAUACGAUGUGAGAGAUCGCUCUCAAACAUCGUUUCUCCAAAUCCACAAUCUCUUAUCACAGAAAAAUGCCCCAGAAGCCAUCCAUAAUUCCCCUCAAGAAUGCUUGUGGGUAGAACCAUCUGGGCGCUCGCCUCACUUUUGCAGCCCCUAAGCGCUGAUCGUUACCGCAUAUGAUAUAUAGCAUCCGACGAAGUUAACUUGAAUUGUAGUUCCCUGGAGACUGGAAUCUG